CGCCGCCAUAACCGCCAUAUCGACGUUUGGGGAAUGACACUGGGAUGGAGCAGACUGGCAGACGAUGAAGAUGCUCCUCGGCGAUAUCGUGAAUGAACCUCGCUCGUGCCUUCCACUCUGGGAUAUCUGGCAACAACAACCAUGUCAGGGAGUGAAGGUCCCUUCGCAGGCCCACCGUGGACCGACAUCCCAAUCCACCUGCUCCACGCCGAGCUCCGCAGACGCGAUGACGAGCGGCCAUUGUGCGGGACCAAAGGCAAGAGUGGCUCCUACAAUACUCCCCUCCACGUCUUCGCUUUGGUCUUGAUACUCGUGCUUAGUACUCUUGCAUGCUCCUUCCCCAUCCUCGUCAAACGCGUCCCGAAGUUCCCCGUGCCCCAUCAGUUCCUCUUCCUCUCGCGGCACUUUGGUACCGGCGUGCUCAUCGCGACAGCAUUUGUGCACCUGCUGCCUACUGCCUUUGAAAAUCUCACAGACCCAUGUCUGCCGUACUUCUGGACCAAGGGCUAUGCACCCAUGCCCGGCUUGAUCGCUAUGACCUCUGUCUUUGUCGUGGUAGGGAUAGAGAUGUUCUUUGCCUCUAAGGGCGCCGGUCAUUCUCAUACAAUAGACUAUGAGGCACUGGGGUUAGACCAUGGCGACGCCCAUUCUCGGCCAGCACAUAGGCGGAGCAACAGCAAUUCGCGGUUUCGAUCGGCAUCAGUCCGGGCCAACGGGCUGGCACCAGACAUCAUGUUGCACGAUAUUGCCGGGUCAUCCGAACAUUUGAUGUCUGGCCGAUCGCCAUCGGUUCCCGCGAGCUCGCCUCGGCCCUUCCCGCGGAAGAAUCGUGAAGGGCGCGGCUCUUUGGAGAAUGACUGCAAUUUCGACUUCGACCCCGACCUCGAUGAAUUGGGCUCACCAGGUGCCGGUGACUCUGAAGACGAAUCCCGUCUGCUCUCUCACCCAGCCGCCCGAAAAGACCCUCACCGUGCUUCAUCGCCUGGUUCUGACCCGGCUCCUGAAAUGACAGAAGCGCAACAUAAGAAACAAUUACUGCAGUGUCUUUUGCUUGAGGCUGGCAUUCUCUUCCACAGCGUCUUCAUUGGCAUGGCUCUAUCCGUGGCGACUGGAACAUCCUUCAUUGUUCUGCUAGUCGCCAUAUCAUUCCACCAGACUUUUGAAGGCUUCGCGCUAGGCUCUCGAAUUAGCGCCAUUCGCUUCCCAGCGCAUUCACCGAAACCAUGGCUUAUGGCGCUGGCAUACGGGACUACGACACCAAUCGGGCAGGCUAUCGGACUCGGAAUCCACACGCUGUACGAUCCUGCUAGUCAGACGGGGUUGCUGACAGUCGGUGUCACGAACGCUAUCAGUAGCGGACUGCUUUUAUUCGCAGGGCUGGUGGAGCUGCUAGCCGAAGACUUUCUAAGCGACGAAAGUUAUGUCAUCCUGAAGGGCAGGAAACGUAUAGAGGCAUACGGGAGUGUUAUCACAGGAGCAGCGUUAAUGGCAAUUGUUGGGGCUUGGGCAUAAAGGGGACUAUCAUGAAUGCCUUCGAAUUUCUCAGGAACAACAUUGUACAGAUAUGGUGUUCAUAGUUUUAGACGAAAAUGACAAACUCA